GUAACCCUAGACAGCAAGGAAACAGCAGCGGGUUGAAGGCAAAACGGAAACAACAGAGCUUGUCAGGAGUCGUUUGUUGUGGACUAGCUGAUAUUCUGCGUUGUUACACGCCGUUAAGACUCACAGCUGUUUUGUUUCGUGUGUGUGUCGCUAUGCCUUCGUUUGGAGCACUGGGACAUACUCUGUCCACUUCGUUGGUUUGUGCCGUCGCCUUCCUCUGUGUUAGCUUUGUUAGCCAGGGGGAAUGCCAGGCAACCCAAGUGCCACCAACUCCCUGCUCUUCCUAUAAAAACUGUGACACCUGCGUCCCACACGCCAAGUGUCUCUGGUGCUUCACCACAAACAACUGCACAGAGUAUCCAGUGACCUGGUUGCUGCCUCCGGCUAAACUAUGCCCGUUGUCCCAGGCCCGCUGGGGAGUGUGCUGGCUGAACUUUGAAGCCCUGAUCAUCUCCAUGGCCGUGGUGUGUGGAGUCAUUCUCCUCGCCAUUGGCGUCUGUUGCUGCUGCUGUUGCUGCAAGAAGCGCCCUUCAAGUGCCAGGAUAGCUGAUAUGUUUGUGAGCAGGGCAGUGGAGCCGAAAGAUGGUCAGUAA